CAUAAAUACAAAUUUCAAAGUUAAGGGUGGAAAAUUUGUUUCAUUUCGGCCGAUUAAAACCUACUAAUUUUGAAGCAAGCUCAGCUUGUUGGCGUGCGCAAGUCCACCGAGGAAAACCAAAGGUGCCGCCGCCUCUCACUUUGUUCAUUGCUCCCGACUGCUCCCGCCUUCUUGCCGCUGCUGUUCGCCCACCUUUUUCCCGCCUUGUCGGUAGGCUGUGGCUAUACUCCAUUUUCGUCGGUUUGCAGGAUUAUCCUGCUUAGUUCUGGCUGUAUCCAUAUUCAUAGCUUCAUUCUCUUAAUUAAGAUGUUCAUGGGUGUAAUUGAUACCUCAUCUCUUUGUUCACUAAAGUGCAACACCAAUUUUUACCAAUUUGUGGUACCAAACAGACCCUUUGUAUCGUUUGAGGGAAACAGGAGAAGGGUCAUCACCAUCGCCUCCACUAUGCCUUUAGACCAACAGGUGAAACAGGGUCAACAGAGUCUGACUGGUGACUCAUUUAUUCGACGACAUUUGAGGAAAUUAUCACCUUAUGAGCCAAUUUUGCCUUUUGAGGUUUUGUCAACCCAACUUGGAAGAAAACCUGAGGAUAUUGUCAAAAUAGAUGCAAAUGAAAACCCCUAUGGUCCACCUCCAGAGGUUCAUCAAGCAUUGGGACAAUUGAAAUUCCCAUAUAUCUAUCCUGAUCCUGAAAGCCGUCGACUGCGUGAUGCCCUUUCUAAAGAUUCAGGACUUGAAUCCAAUCAUAUUCUUGUUGGCUGUGGUGCAGAUGAACUCAUUGAUUUGAUUAUGCGAUGCGUGCUAGAUCCUGAUGACAAGAUUUUGGACUGUCCUCCAACCUUUACAAUGUAUGAAUUUGAUGCUGCUGUUAAUGGUGCACAUGUUAUCAAAGUUCCAAGGAAGUCAGAUUUCAGUUUGAAUGUAGAACUCAUUGCUGAUACUGUUGAGCAGGAGAAACCCAAAUGCAUAUUUUUAACUUCCCCGAAUAAUCCAGAUGGAAGUCUCAUCAAUGAUGAAGAUCUUCUCAAGAUCCUUGAGAUGCCCAUAUUAGUGGUAUUGGAUGAAGCAUACAUUGAGUUUUCAGGUCUUGAAUCCAAGAUGCAGUGGGUGAAGAAGCAUGAUAACUUAAUUGUCCUUCGUACAUUCAGCAAAAGAGCUGGUUUAGCUGGACUUCGUGUAGGAUAUGGAGCAUUUCCUCUGAGCAUAAUUGAGUAUCUCUGGCGAGCAAAGCAACCUUAUAAUGUUUCUGUUGCUGCUGAAGUUGCUGCAUGCGCAGCUUUGCAGAACCCUACUUAUCUGGAGAAUGUGAAAGAGAUGCUGAUACAAGAAAGGGAGAGGCUCUUUAAACUUCUGAAGGAAAUACCAUUUCUCAGUCCUUUUCCAAGCUAUUCAAAUUUUAUUCUUUGUGGGGUUACUUCUGGAAAGGAUGCUAAGAAACUAAAGGAGGAUCUUGCAAAAAUGGGCAUCAUGAUCCGUCAUUACAACAAAAAGGAAUUGAAUGGUUAUGUGCGUGUGUCUGUUGGGAAGCCUGAACACACAGAUGCUUUGAUGAGGGGCCUCAAAAGCCUUUAUUGAUUCUUAAUGAUAAAGCCAGGACAGAGAGUUGAGAAGAAUCAUAGUUCAUGUUCCGUGCGUAGUAGCUGCAUGAAGUUAUCUCUGAUUAUUUAUUGAUAGAAAGAUUUUGUCCACUGCACUGCAGGGAGAACCACAGUAUUCACUGGCAAUGUUGCUGGUCUGGCUCAGCGACUCGCUUUUUUUACAUUUUUUAUUAAAGUAAAAUGCUGACUGAAUUAUUUGGUAUAGAUUCUUAAACUGAGGUUCUGUGCUACUUUAUAAUAGAUUCUGCCUUAAUAUUACUGUAGCAAUUUCCUUUUUUUUAA